CUCUUCCGGAUUUAGCGUCUGGGCGUCUGCACGUGUUCGCGUUGUGGGUGCGGAGGCGCCGCGGUCCCAGAAGUAACUCGAUCUAUCGCUCCAAAGCAAGUGGGCCGAGACGGAGCCAUGGAGGGACAGAGCGUGGAAGAGCUCCUGGCCAAGGCAGAGCGGGACGAGGCAGAGAAGCUGCAGCGCAUUACUGUGCACAAGGAGAUAGAGCUAGAGUUCGAUCUAGGCAACCUGUUGGCUUCGGACCGGAACCCCCCAACGGGGCUGCGGUGCGCGGGACCCACGCCGGAGGCCGAGCUGCGGGCCCUGGCGCGGGACAACACGCAGCUGCUCAUCAACCAACUGUGGCAGCUGCCCACGGAGCGCGUGGAAGAGGCUGUGGUGGCGCGGCUGCCUGAACCCACUACGCGCCUGCCGCGGGAGAAGCCGGUUCCCCGGCCGCGGCCACUUACUCGCUGGCAGCAGUUCGCGCGCCUCAAGGGCAUCCGUCCGAAAAAGAAGACCAAUCUGGUGUGGGACGAGGUGAGCGGCCAGUGGCGGCGGCGCUGGGGCUACCAGCGCGCCCGAGACAACACCAAGGAAUGGCUGAUUGAGGUGCCAGACAGUGCGGACCCUUUGGAAGACCAGUUCGCCAAGCGGAUUCAGGCCAAGAAGGAACGGGUGGCCAAGAACGAGCUGAACAGGCUGCGGAACCUGGCCCGCGCGCAUAAGAUGCAGCAUCCCAGCGCGGCUGGCCUGCACCCUACUGGAUACCAGAGUAAGGAGGAGCUGGGCCGCGCCAUGCAGGUGGCCAGGGUCUCCACUGCCUCCGUAGGGCGCUUCCAGGAGAGCCUGCCCAAGGAGAAGGCGCCCCGGGGCUCAGGCAAAAAGAGGAAGUUUCAGCCCCUUUUCGGAGACUUUGCAGCCGAGAGAAAGAACCAGCUGGAGCUGCUUCGAGUCAUGAACAGCAAAAAACCUCGUCUGGACGUGACGAGGGCCACCAAUAAGCAGUUGAGGGAGGAGGACCAAGAGGAGGCCGCCAAGAGGAGGAAAAUGAGCCAGAAGGGCAAAAGAAAGGGGGGACGACAGGGUUCUGCAGGCAAGAGGAAAGGGGGUCCACCCAGCCAGGGAAGGAAAAGGAAAGGGGGCUUAGGAGGUAAGAUGAAUUCCAGGCCGCCUGUCUUGGGUGGCAAGAGGAAGGGAGGACUGCACCAGGGAGGGAAGAGGAGGAAGUAAAAGUUUCACUUGUAACUGUAAAGCAAAAACUGUGUGUAUGCUAAAUGUUGAAUUCCAUGAACUGGAGGUGGGGAUGUGCACAUUAUUAGGGAAAUAAUUUGCUCAGAGACUGGGAAUGAGUUCUUUUUGACUUGGGAUAUGAGAUGAGGGAGGUUUGGUAAUACUUCAGGGAUUUACAAUAGUUUGAUUUAUACGUUUCUGGAUUAUUUUUAUAACAAACUUGUGUAUUUAUCAAAGGGAGAGGAGAAAGACUACAACCAUUUUCCAAACUGUCUUGACAAGUAACUUCUAAAAGUUACUUAAUAAAAGUGUGUGUAUAUCUUGU